GGAGAGAUUUGCUACUUGCUCUGCAAACCCGAGUACGCGUACGGCUCUGCUGGCAGUGCCCCCAAAAUCCCUUCCAACGCCACCCUCUUUUUUGAGGUCGAGCUGCUUGACUUCAAAGGCGAGGACUUGUUUGAGGACGGAGGGAUAAUCCGGAGGAUCAAGAAGAAGGGAGAAGGUUACUCCAACCCUAAUGAAGGUGCUACGGUGGAAAUUCACCUGGAGGGAUUCUGCGGCGGCACCAGGUUCGACUGCAAAGACGUGAAGUUCGUCGUGGGCGAAGGGGAGGACCACGACAUCCCCAUCGGCAUCGACAAAGCCCUGGAGAAGAUGCAGAGAGGAGAGCACUGCAUCCUCUACCUCGGGCCACAGUACGGCUUUGGCGAGGCGGGGAAGCCGAAAUACGGCAUCCAGGCGAACGCGGAGCUGGUGUACGAGGUUACGCUGAAAAGCUUUGAAAAGGUGGGGUAGGAGCGCGCCGGUCCCUCCCCAGGUUACGGGAACGCCUGUCCCCUUGCAGCGUCCACCCUUUGUCCCUGGCGUGGCUGCAGCCCGGCCCCUGCUGAAGUGGAUACGUCACCAAGGAUCUCUGUGUUCUUAAUUUGUUCUUCUCUGUUGGUUUGUUUUAUUUUUCUGGCUGGGGUCCAAGGCUGGUUCUCUUAUUUGUUCCUA